AUGCCUAUUGGCACAAAGAUCUUUCUCCCUUUGCGCGGACGCGUCGGCAUCCGGUCCUUCUCAUCGUCCGGUGCCCGCUGGGAGUCCACCGCGCUACCGGCAAGCAAGCCUGUUGGAGCUUUCCGAGGAGGUGUGUUCGGGUUCCUGACUGGAUCUGUCGCCGCCGGCGCGUUGGUGUACUAUUACAUCCUAACAGAGUACCGUCUCGCCAAUGAGACGUUGUCUGAAGAUAUUGCGGCACUUCAAAAGGCUACCAUGAAGCUCCAGACAUACAUUACAGAACUGGAGUCCAGGGUUGAUACGCUGCACAAAAAGAAAUAA